CGGUCUGGUUCACACCCUCCGGACAUGAAUGAGAUCAAGAUGGCUGUUCUGGGCAGUGGGGGGGUCGGGAAGUCAGCUCUGAUUGUCCGGUUCCUCACCAGGCGCUUUAUUGGCGAGUACUCUUCCUCUUCAGAGUGCAUAUACAGGAAGCGUGUGUCUGUGGGUGGGAAGCAGACCAAUCUCCAGCUCUAUGAGCCAUGCUCUCAGGCCUGUGAGGGUACGUCUACUGUAAAGGAGCAGAUCAGCUGGGCUGAUGGCUUCAUUGUGGUCUAUGAUAUCAGUGACCGCUCCUCCUUCCUCACUGCCAAAGCCAUCAUGCAGCUGAUCAGAGAGCUAAGGAACGUAGACUCGCUCAUAUUUCUGGUGGGCAACAAACAGGACCUGUGCCACAGGAGAGAGGUUCAGCGUGAAGAAGCUCAGCGUCUGGCUGCCCAGUGUCAGGGCCAGUUCUACGAGCUGUCGGCAGCCGAGCACCACCAGGAGCUGGCGCUCAUAUUCUCCAAGAUGGUGCAAAACGCUAGCCAGGGCAGCAAGGCCAAGGAGCGCAGGAGACGCCCCAGCGGCUCCAGGUCCAUGGCCAAACUCAUCAACAAUGUCUUCGGCAAGAGGAGGAAAUCAGUGUGAAGUGUCCCAUACCAGGACUGCUGUCGGGACCCAACACGCAAA